AUGGGGACAGUGCCGUGGAAGCCGUGCCGAUGCACGCGCUGGAGUCGGUCCGCCCGGUCGAUCCAUCCGGUCGAUCGGGUCGACGCCGUCGUUGUGCCACCGCCGACUCGACUACUCGCCCCCCAACUUUGGUGCUGGCGACGGCGCGGCACGGGGUCGGACAGGCGGCGGCGGGCCGAGGCACGAACGAAGCGGAAGGAGAGUGUUGAGCAGUAG